AUGGUGUACCGAUCGGCCGAGGUCAACCGCGUUUUCGUGCGUGGCGCGUCCUCACCUAAUAUGGCGGCCGCACAAGUUGCCGUACUUACGUCAAACGGGACACCCCUUGAAGUCGCCGACCGCUCGGGGAAUGCGCAACAGUCGCUCAUUGAGGCGGGUUCCAAGGUCCUUCGAGCAAUGUCCCAACACGGGCAUCCACCUGACGGGUUUGACACCGCACGUGUUGAACAAUCGCAUCGGCUUAUGGUUGUCUCG